GUGAUUAUGCCGAGGACCUAUUUGCCCAUUAGCCAAAUCACUGAUGAAACACGCCACUGGACUGCGUUCAUUCAAGUCGUUGAAAGAGCGCCGAUUCAAACAAGCAAAAGUAAUCCGCAGGUGCUCUAUCGAAGAUACUUAUUCACUGAUGGAGAGGUGCGGCUAGAAACCCCGCUGUACCAAGUUGGCCCGUACGAAUUCAAUUGGCUCCUGCAUAAAAAGACUUUAGUUGAGGAGUUUGAAGAAGAGGUGCCUCCUCCACUUCCAUGCCAAAUCGAAAUUCACGCGUUUGAGGAUUUGCACAGAUAUGCUGAUACAGAAAAUCCCAGAAUUGCAAUUGAAGACGCAACCGGAAACAUACAUGCAAUGUUGUAUGAUUCAGAUGCUGAGCGAGUAAUUCCAUUUAAUGGGACUGACUUAUUUGAAGCCGAACAGCAGGGGGUAGAUUUGACAGGUCAAAUUACAGUAGCAAUGAAUGAACAUCGUGUGGUUUGCUUCAUCAAACACUACGAAUCGACUCACCACACCGUCCUAAAGCUUUAUACAGUUGAUGCCAUGCAAGCAGACAAAAAUUUCCUCGAACCUAAGCACCUGGUAGAACAAGCAUCAGCCUCAGCUUCAAUCAAGGUACCAGACAAAGUGCUCUUCAGUCCAACACUCAAAAACGUUCUGACCUCCCUCACUCCAGCACGCGAAAAACCUGCACCACUUGCAUCUUCGGAACCGGCAGUCAAAAAACGCAUCAACUUCGACAACCAACAAUCCUCCACCAUAGGAAGCAACACCCCAUUCACACAAAUUCCUGAAACAUCCACCCAAACAGCUCAGCAAACCACCCCGGCAUGUGAUACAACCCCGACAAAGAAAAGUCGUCCAAAAAUGGACUAA